AGUCCCUCCUGGUCACUCCGCCGACGCGAUGGCCGUCCCCGGCUCACUGGCCGAGUGUGGCUACAUCCGGACUGUGCUGGGCCAGCAGAUCCUGGGUCACCUGGACAGCUCCAGCCUGGCCUUGCCCUCCGAGGCCAGACUGAGGCUGGCCGGCAGCAGCGGCCGCGGCGACCCGGCGGCCCGGAGCCAGCGGAUCCAGGAGCAGGUGCAGCAGACCCUGGCCCGCCGGGGCCGGAGCUCUGCGGUCAGCGGGAACCUUCACCGAACCAGCAGUGUCCCUGAGUAUGUCUACAAGCUACACGUGGUUGAGAAUGACUUUGUUGGACGGCAGUCACCUGUCACUAGGGACUAUGACAUGCUUAAGGCUGGAAUGACUGCCACUUAUGGAAGUCGCUGGGGGAGAGCAGCAGCACAGUACAGUUCCCAGAAGUCAGUGGAGGAGAGAUCCUGGAGGCAGCCUCUGAGGAGACUUGAGAUUUCCCCAGAUAGCAGCCCGGAGAGAGCCCACUAUGGGCACAGCGAAUACCAGUAUGCCUGGCGGAGCCACGUGGUGCCUGGUGGGCGCCUCACCCUGCCACGCUAUGCUCGCUCAGAGAUCCUGGGCCUACGCCAGGCUGGCACAGCCCGCAGGCCACCUGGGUGCGGGUCAUUCAGCGAUGCUGUCUUCGACAAUGGCCCACUCAAGCCCACAAUGCCCACCCACCCUCCUGGCACCAGCCACAGUGCGGGCAGCUUGUUGGAAGAGACCACUGUGCGCGUGAGCCAGGCUCGGCUUCAAAGCACGCAGAGCAGAACCGCCCGCUCCUCCUGGCCCAGGAGCUCAGUCCGCAGUAGCCUGCGGGAGCCAGGAAGAAUGCUGACCACCGCAGGCCAGGCUGCCGUGGGCAGCGGGGAUGCACAUGGGGACAGGAGUGUCUUCGCUGACGCCCAGCUGGGGAAUGCAGACAUCGAAAUGACCUUGGAGAGAGCUGUGAAUAUGCUGGAUGCAGACCAUGUACCAGUAUCCAAGAUCUCUGCCGCAGCUACCUUCAUACAGCAUGAGAGCUUCCAAAAAUCUGAAGCACGGAAAAGGGUCAAUCAACUUCGAGGCAUCCCUAAGCUUCUACAACUGCUCAAACUUCAGAACGAAGAUGUUCAACGGGCUGCUUGUGGGGCCUUGAGAAACUUGGUAUUUGAAGACAAUGAUAACAAGUUGGAGGUAGCUGAACUGAAUGGAGUGCCUCGGCUACUGCAGGUGCUGAAGCAAACCAGAGACUUGGAGACAAAAAAGCAAAUAACAGGUUUGCUCUGGAACCUGUCCUCUAGUGAUAAACUCAAGCAUCUCAUGAUAACAGAAGCCUUGCUCACCUUGACAGAGAGUGUCAUCAUCCCCUUCUCCGGGUGGCCUGAAGGCGACUACCCCAAAGCCAAUGGCUUGCUUGAUUUUGAUAUAUUCUACAAUGUCACUGGAUGCCUAAGGAACAUGAGCUCUGCUGGCCCCGAUGGGAGGAAGAUGAUGAGAAGGUGUGAUGGUCUCAUUGACUCAUUGGUCCACUAUGUCAGAGGAACUAUUGCAGACUACCAGCCAGAUGAUAAGGCCACAGAGAACUGUGUGUGCAUUCUUCAUAACCUCUCCUACCAGCUGGAGGCAGAGCUCCCAGAGAAAUAUUCCCAGAGUAUCUACAUGCAAAACCGGAAUAUCCAGACUAACAGUAACAAAAGUAUUGGGUGUUUUGGCAGCCGAAGUAGGAAACUAAAAGAGCAAUACCAAGACUUGCAGAUGCCAGAGGAAAGGAGCAAUCCACAUGGCAUUGAGUGGCUGUGGCAUUCCAUUGUGAUAAGGAUGUAUUUGUCCUUAAUUGCCAAGAGUACCCGAAACUAUACCCAAGAGGCAUCACUUGGGGCUCUCCAGAACCUCACAGCAGGAGGCGGCCCGAUACCCACAUUGGUGGCUCGAAUGGUUGUCCAAAAGGAAAAUGGUCUUCAGCAUACACGGAAGAUGCUGCACGUGGGUGAUCCCAGUGUGAAAAAGACUGCGGUCUCCCUGCUGAGGAAUUUGUCACGGAAUCUUUCCCUGCAGAAUGAAAUUGCUAAAGAAACUCUACCAGAUUUGGUUUCUAUAAUUCCUGACACAGUCCCAAGUACUGACCUUCUCAUUGAAACCACAGCCUCUGCUUGCUAUACGUUGAACAAUUUAAUGCAAAAUAGUUACCAGAAUGCACGAGACCUUCUGAACACCGGAGGUCUGCAGAAAAUUAUGACCAUCAGCAUAGGGGAAGGCUAUGCCCCCAACAAGGCCAGCAAAGCAGCCUCUGUCCUCCUUUACUCUCUGUGGGCACAUACAGAGCUGCAUCACGCCUAUAAGAAGGCUCAGUUUAAGAAAACAGACUUUGUCAACAGCCGGACUGCCAAAGCCUACCACUCUCUUAAAGACUGAUGAAGUGGGGAAAAAAAAACCUCAGGAAUUCCAGUUUCACAGUUCUCCACUUAAAAAUAAAAUAAGAUAAACAAUUAAAAAAACCUCCUCAAAGAAAACACCUAUUUUUCUACUAACUGACCCAAGAAACCUCAAAAAGCAUGCUUUGUUUAUAUUCUUUUCUAUUUUCAUCCCCAAAUCUAGAAAAUGAAUAAUCAGAAUAUAAUUUUGUUAAGUGUCCUGAAGACUUCCACCAGGUUGCACCAGUAUGGAAUCAGUUUUACCCUGUGCAGAUAAUGGGCAUCAUUAUUCAGGCUUAUAGUAUGUGCAAACUCGUGUGAGUGUGCACCGGAGGAACACCUGAGAAAGAGUGUGUGAAUGAUGUUUCUAUCCUAGUUGCUCAUCUGCAUGUCACUUCCUUAAUGAGCCAGAGGUGUGUGUUCACUAGUGUUGGACAGGACAGAGAUGAAGGAAUAAAGCAUUGAUGGCAAAUCGC